UUCUUCAGAGCAUUUUAUGUAUUUCCAUAUUGCUAUGCCAUCUGAGUUAGUUUAUUGAUUUCGUUAUAUAAGUAUAGGUUAUAUCAUAAUAUAUGAUAUCUACCUCUUUUCACAUAUGCAUAUAAAUGUAUGUGUGCAAGAACACGGAUCAAGAUCUACGGAGGUCGCUUAGACUCAACUUCAAGCAACUGUGGUUAAAUGUGUAAGGUUUAAUUACCUCGUGUUUGGGAAUAUAUAAAAUAAAAUUAACGUUAUUAUAUACUUAAAUCCAAACUGACAGCUCAUUUAGGACUGAUAACACGGUCAACGGACGUGUGUGACAUUGAUCAAACUUCCGGAGUAGAUGCUAGCUCGCCGUCUGAGUUUUUCUGCCGCCUCUUCUGCUCAAUUUAUUAAGGGCCACUCGAUCCACAAGGUAUUUCCGGUGGGAAGCACUAGCCGGAAUUACGGAAUGGCGGCUAGCGGAAGUAAAUCGGCCGAUGGGAACGCGGACAAUGUGGCGAAGUUGGCAGGCUGUGACUGGAGUUGCCCGGAACUUCGGGGAUUCAUGGAGGACAUGCACCGCCUGGCCGUGGACGGGGCGCUCACGGCAGGCACGGACCGCGCAAAACCCGUCAUCAGCUUCCGACAGCCAGAGGAACUGAAGGCGAGCCUUGACCUUGAGAUUGGGACGGCCCCGGCAGACCGGAAAAAGCUCGUAGAUGCAUGCAGCCAGAUUGCUCAAUAUUCCGUCAAAACUUAUCACCCCCAUUUCUUCAAUCAACUGUACAGCGGCCUGAGCGGUUAUGGCGUCGCUGGUUCCUGGCUCACUGAUGCCCUCAACACAAACAUUCACACGUACGAGGUGUCGCCUGCGUUCGUUCUACUGGAACAGUACCUGAUGCAAAAGAUCUGCGGUAUCGUCGGUUAUCCGGACGGUGACGGUAUCUUCUGUCCAGGCGGCUCCAUGGUGAAUAUAAUGGCUAUGAACCUUGCACGCUACCGGAAGUGUCCCGAGUUCAAGACACACGGCAUGUACGCCAUGAAACAUCUCAAGUACUACACGUCAGAGGAGGCUCACUAUUCGCUGUCUAAGGGCGCUAUGUUGCUGGGUUUAGGCACAGACUGUGUCGUCAAAGUCAAUACAGACUCCCGCGGCAAGAUGCGACCAGACGAUCUUAGAAACAAGAUACAACAAGACUUGGAACAGGGUGCACUGCCGACCUUCGUGAUGGCGACGUCAGGGACCACAGUUCUCGGUGCAUACGAUAAUCUCGCGGAUAUCGCUGACGUUUGUCAGGAGCUCGACGUCUGGUUGCACUGUGACGCGUGCUGGGGUGGGGGUGCUCUGCUGUCCCCAUCGCUCAAAUAUCUCAUGGACGGCAUUCACAGGACGGACUCAAUGGCGUGGAACUUCCACAAGAUGUCGGCCGCGCCGCUCCAGUGUUCUGUCCUCGUCCUAAAACAAAAGGGCCUCCUGGAAGACUGUAAUCGCUUCCGGGCAGAGUACCUGUUCCAGCCAGACAAAAACUACAACACAGAAUAUGAUAUAGGCGACAAGACCGUACAGUGCGGCCGGAAGGUGGACGCACUCAAGCUUUGGGUUAUGUGGCGCGCAAUCGGGGACGCCGGCAUGGCCGCUAUUACUGACAACUGCUUCCGGAACGCCAGAUAUCUUGCUGAGCGCAUGGCUAAAACGGAUAGCUUUCGGCUUGUAAUUCCCGAGUUCGAGUGUGGUAACGUGUGUUUCUGGUACAUUCCGCCUUCAAUGCGAGGUGAGGAGGAAACCCCGGACUGGUGGAACCAGCUCGCUAAGGUGGCGCCUGCAAUAAAGGCCAGGAUGAUGGAGCAGGGGACGAUGAUGAUUGGCUAUAACCCGCUCACGUGUAAAGGGCUCGUCAACUUCUUCCGAAUCAUCGUGGCCAACCCGUCCUGCACCACCGCAGAUAUGGAUUUUGUUAUACACGAGAUUGAACGUUUGGGGCGGGACCUAUAAAUUCAUUUUUGUUACUAAAUUUGACCCGCGUGACGUUUAACCUGCCCUCUGGGAGGUAAAGAACGUGAAGAACUUCAAUAAAGCAUAGUUUAUCCUUGGAACAUUUUAGUUAUACUAAAACUUGUUUCCUUGAUUUUAAUUUAUGCCCAACAUAAUUGAAGAGAAAAGCGAGAACAAUCAUGUGUGAAGUAUUAUCUAUUGUAUCUGGUCUUUAUUAUGUAAUUAUGCUACUUUAAUUAAUUAAAACACAAUUUUCA